UCAUUUCGCUCCCAAAAAAAUGAGUAAGAGAGAACAAAGGAGCUUCACAAUAACUAAAACAGCGGAGAUGCCAUAUCCGACGUUACUUACUUCACUUCUCUUUCUCCUUCACUUUCCUUUUGUAGCUUCCACCAUACCUCUCGGCUCUGUUCUUUACGCAACAGGUUCAAACCAGUCUUGGUCGUCUCCCAAUUCCAGUUUCUCCGUCUCCUUUCUUUCAUCGUCUUCCUCUGGUCCGUUCCUCGCCGCUGUAUCUUUCGCUGGAAACGUUCCUGUAUGGUCUGCAGGAACCGUUGACUCUCUAGGAUCCCUUCGCCUCUUACCCUCCGGCUCGUUCCGCCUUAUCAGUGGCUCCAACACCACCGUCUGGGAUUCCGGAACGGAUGGUCUCGGCGUUGUCUUAGCUUCGAUUGAAGAUUCCGGCAACCUUGUACUCCUCAACAACCAAAGCAACCCGGUCUGGUCAUCCUUCGACCACCCAACCGAUACGAUCGUCCAGUUGCAGAAUUUCACCAUCGGUAAGGUUCUCCGAUCUGGUAACUACUCGUUUCAGUUAGAGAGAAGAGGAAACCUCACACUUAAAUGGAACAACUUCACGACUUACUGGAGCCGGGGGCUAAAUUGGUAUUUUAGCUCAAACUUGUCGUCUCCUAGCUUAGCGUUACAGACUAGCGGAGUUGUGUUAAUGUUCGAUUCCACUAUUCGAGGUGGAGCUGAGAUCGUUUACAGUGAAUUUAGAUAUACUUUUAGGUUCUUGAAAUUAGACGACGAUGGGAACCUGAGAAUCUACAGCGCUGCAAGUAGAGACAGUGGUACUGUGUCGCCUCAUUGGUCGGCUGUAGAUGACCAGUGUCUUGUUUAUGGUUAUUGUGGGAACUUUGGGAUCUGUAGUUACAAUGAUACAACUCCGGUUUGCUUAUGUCCGUCUCGUAAUUUCGAUCUUGUUGAUGUGAAUGAUAGAAGAAAAGGUUGCAAGAGAAACGUUGAGUUGAGUAAUUGCUCUAGCAAUGCCGCCAUGCUUGAUUUGGUUCACACCAAGUUGAUUACAGACCCAAGUGACCCAAACUCUGAGAGUUUCUUUGCUGGAAGUUCGCCUUGUAGAGCGAAUUGUCUUGUUAGCAGUGUUUGUCUUGCUUCUGUCUCCAUGUCUGAUGGGUCAGGAAACUGUUGGGAGAAACUAGCUGGGUCCUUCAUUACUGGGUACCAGAGCUCAUCGGUUCCGAGUACUUCUUCUGUUAAAGUGUGUGGUCCAGUGUUGCCUAACGAACCUUUGGUUGGAGCAAACCAACCUUUGGAUGGAGUAAAUGGUGAUGGUAAAAUCUCCAAAGUUCACAGGUCGAAGUCAAAACUCAUACUCGGAGUGUCAGCAACUUCAGUUGUGAUGAUCAUUCUUAUCGUCGCAAUGAUAGUAAGAGCAAAGAAUGCGAGAAAGAGUGAUUGGAAUGGCGAAAACAUUGAAGAGAUUGUAAUGCUGAAACAUUAUAGUUACACAAGAGUCAAGAAGAUGACAAACUCAUUUGUAGAUGCUCUUGGGAAAGGAGGAUUUGGAACUGUCUAUAAAGGGAAGUUACCGGAUGGAAACCAAGAUGUUGCAGUGAAGAUCUUGAAUGAGUCAAAGGGGAACGGGGAAGAGUUUAUAAAUGAAGUAGCUAGCAUGAGUAGAACAUCUCAUGUUAAUAUUGUUUCUUUGCUUGGAUUCUGUUAUGAAAGAAACAAGAGAGCUAUAAUCUACGAGUUCAUGCCAAAUGGAUCCCUGGACAAGUUUAUUUCCGAGCGUAUGUCAGCAAAGAUGGAUUGGGAGAAGCUAUACGAUAUUGCGUUAGGUAUCUCUCGCGGCCUAGAGUAUUUGCACAAUCGUUGUGUGUCAAGGAUUGUGCAUUUCGACAUAAAGCCACAGAAUAUACUCAUGGACAAGGAUCUUUGUCCCAAAAUUGCUGAUUUUGGUCUUGCUAAGCUCUGCAAAAAUAAAGAGAGCAUCAUAUCAAUGCUUGAUGCGAGGGGAACAGCAGGAUACAUUGCCCCUGAAGUGUUUUCGAAGAAUUUUGGAGCUGUCUCGUAUAAGUCUGAUGUGUAUAGUUACGGGAUGGUGGUUCUUGAGAUGAUUGGAGCAAGGAACAUAGAAACCGUGGAACAUUCUGGAUCCAACAAUAGUUCAAUGUAUUUUCCAGAUUGGAUUUAUAAGGAUUUUGAGAGGGAAGAAAUCAUGAAGAUUUUUGGAGAUCACAUAACCGAAGAAGAUGAAAAAAUUGCGAGAAAAUUGGUAUUGGUUGGUCUAUGGUGUAUUCACACCAAUCCAACUCGUCGUCCACCAAUGAUCAAAGUUAUUGAAAUGCUAGAGGGGACUCUAGAAGCUCUCGAGGUACCACCUAAGCAUCUCUUGUGUUUAACCGCAACAACGGUUCCAGAAAUUAUUGAAGAUAGUAAUGAUGAGACUUCAAGCUUCUCUUAUCCAAGUCAGUUUGAAAUAGGUACCCUCGCUGGUUAAGAUAGGCCCUGUUCGUUUCGUGAACUGGAUGAGAAUUCCAGACGCGGCAUCUGCAUGCAGUAAUUGGAUGCAGCAAUCAGAUGUUGUUCGUUCGCGAUUCUGUAAAUUUGAGAUCAUGCAUCUCGAAACUAUAUCUAGAUGCACUUAGGUUCGUUUUGUAUUCUGUAUUUUUGUAUUUGGAUGAGUUUUAUGUCAAAUGACCAAAAAUUCCUUAUCUUUUCUUUUGGUCUAAACAUAUA